UCUGAGCGUCCAGCUGCAGAGUUUUAGGUGGCGCGCGCACAAGAUGGCCGUGAUUUUCACGGCGUUCCCUUGUUGUUUGUCAGAAGUUUUCAGGAGUAAACUUGCCCAGGAGUUUCGAAGUCGGGCGCUGGGUGACAUGUAAAGAAGAGCUGCGCGAGUCUUUUCAAAGCGUCGCUACCUUUCAAACGCAAUUCGCUUCCUCUGACGGCUGGUGAGGACGCCGUGUGUUCGUCUGACACUUUGCUCAUGAAAUCAGCCGCUGGCUAACGCUGACUGACUGCCUGCCCUUCUUUUAGUUAACGCCGCACCGCGAUGAGCUCGAGUCGUGUGAUGCCGCAGCAGCAGCAACAACAACAAUUGCAGCAGCAGCCGCCCCCCAUUUUGGGGCAAAGGGGCUCCCGUCCGGAACCUGCCAUCGAAAUGGAGAUGAUCCAGCAGCAGGAGCCCGGCUCCACGAUGACUCCUUCACCCCCAGUUUCUUCGAGCUCCAGGCAAGCCUGGAGUCGCAUCAACGCGGGCUUUGAGCCGGAAGAAGAGAUGCUGGAGGCGGACUGGCCUCCUUCCAGUCCGGGCAGGAGAUCCGUGUCCACCGCUUCAAGCAGCAGUAGCGGCAGCCUGGAAACUUACACCCGUGGCGGCGGCGGAGGAGGAGGAGGCGCGGGCUUCCGUGGCCAGAGGGGUCUUUGUCCCACGCCGGCCGUGGAUGCAGGCCCUCAGCUACCAGAGCCGGAGCACGGGGGCUGCGGGAAGAGGCUUGUGCACAAGUUCCGCGUUUUGUGGGGCACACGGAUGAUGGAGGAGAACAGUACAAGCAGAGAAAAGUACCUUAAGAAUGUGCUUCGUGAGCUGGUUACUUACAUCAUUUUCCUCGUUAUCUUGUGUGUAUUGACCUAUGGGAUGGUGAGUUCAAAUAUGUACUAUUACACAAAGGCUAUGUCUCAGCUUUUCCUGGAUGCUCCACUGUCACCAGUAGAAAAGACCACUUUCAAAACACUUGGUAAUAUGGAAGACUUCUGGAAGUUUGCUGAGGGCCCAUUUUUAAAUGGCCUUUACUGGGAUGUGUGGUAUAAUAACAAAACAAUGUCUGAGAACCAAAGUUUCAUCUACUAUGAAAACCUGCUGCUUGGAGUGCCUCGGCUACGCCAACUGAAGGUCAACAAUCAGUCGUGCUUAGUCAUUGAAGAUCUGAGGGAUGAAAUCCCAGAUUGUUAUGGUGUAUAUUCAGUUGCCAGUGAAGACACGUCUCCUUUCGGACUUGGAAAAGGAACUGCCUGGACGUACACUGCAGAAAAGAACCUGAAUGGAAGUAGCUCAUGGGGCCUGAUGGCAAAGUACAGCGGAGGGGGAUACUACCUUGAUCUGUCACGCACUCGGGAGGAGUCUGCCGCACAGAUACGCACUCUCAAGGAAAACCUGUGGUUGGAUAGAGGAACUAGAGUGCUUUUCAUUGAUUUUUCAGUGUACAAUGCCAAUAUCAACCUCUUCUGUGUUGUCAGGCUGCUGGUGGAGUUCCCAGCCACAGGCGGGACUGUUACUUCGUGGCAAUUUCAGACAGUUAAACUGAUUCGCUACGUAUCCAACUUUGAUUACUUUCUAGCUGCCUGUGAAAUCACCUUCUGUCUCUUUAUCAUUUACUAUGUAGUGGAGGAGAUCCUCGAAAUUCAUAUUCACAGACUCUACUAUUUCCGGAGCCUUUGGAACUGCCUUGAUGUGGUCAUCGUUGUGCUCUCCAUAGUUGCUGCUAUUAUUAACAUCUAUCGGACUGCGACAGUGAAUGCUGUACUGAAGAAUUUGCUGGAAAACCAAGUGUCCUUUCCAGACUUUGAGCCAUUGGCCUCAUGUCAGAUUCAGUUGAACAACAUGGUGGCAGUGAUUGUUUUCUUCGCCUGGAUUAAGCUUUUUAAAUUCAUCAACUUCAACAAGACAAUGAGCCAACUCUCAUCCACCAUGUCUCGCUGUGCCAAGGAUAUCUUUGGUUUUGCCAUCAUGUUUUUUAUCAUAUUCCUGGCUUAUGCACAGCUUGCUUACCUCGUGUUUGGCACUCAGGUUGAUGACUUCCGAACUUUUCACAGCUGCAUAUUCACUCAAUUCCGCAUCAUUCUUGGAGAUUUCAAUUUUACUGAAAUUGAGGAAGCUAACAGGAUAUUGGGGCCAAUAUAUUUCACAACUUUUGUGUUUUUCAUCUUCUUCAUCCUCCUUAAUAUGUUUCUGGCCAUUAUCAAUGACACUUACGCUGACGUUAAGGCUGAUUUGGCCCAUCAAAAACCAGAAAUGGAGCUUGAUGACUUCAUUAAGAAGAGUUGUAACAAGGUCUUGGUUAAACUGAGACUGAAGAAAACCACGGUUGACGACAUUUCUGAUAGUCUUCGGCAGACUGGAGGGAAGCUGAACUUUGACGAGCUGCGUCAGGAUCUAAAGGGAAAGGGACAUACAGAUGCUGAGAUUGAAGCCAUUUUUGCAAAAUAUGACCAAGAUGGAGACCAACCGCUCACAGAACAUGAACAUCAGCAAAUGAGGGACGACCUUGAGAAAGAGCGGGAUGACUUGGAUAUGGAUAGGAGCUCCCUAGCUCGGCCAGUUAGUGGACGUAGCUUUCCUCGCAGUCUAGAAGACUCCGAAGAAGAUGAUGAUGAAGACAGUGGACACAGCUCCAGACGACGUGGAAGCAGCUCCAGUGGUGUAUCUUAUGAGGAGUUCCAGGUCCUUGUUAGGCGUGUUGAUCGGAUGGAACAUUCCAUUGGCAGCAUCGUGUCCAAGAUUGAUGCCGUCAUUGUAAAGCUGGAAGCAAUGGAGCGAGCAAAACUCAAAAGGAGGGAUGUUCUCACAAGACUUCUAGAUGGAGUCAUGGAGGAUGAGAGAUUGGGACGCGACAAUGAGAUCCACAGAGAGCAGAUGGAGCGCCUCGUGAGAGAGGAACUGGAAAGAUGGGAGGCAGAUGACGCUGUUUCACAGAUGAGCCAACGACUGGGGACGCCCAUGGGUGUGGUUGGUCAGCCGAGAUCCCGAAGUUCACGUCCCUCUUCAUCGCAGUCCACUGAGGCAAUGGAGGGAGUGGUCAACGCAGACAGCCACGUGUAACCCACUCUCCUGUUGGUGGUACUGCAGAUCAAAUGGAGGUGACGGGGCUCCUUCAGACUGGCGGGUGCAUUGCCUUUCAGUGGGGAAACAAAAUGACAUUUCAUAAAGUAAAGUGAUGGGACCUUAGUAUUAAAUCUCACUAUUAUAAACUGAAUACAAUUUUUCUUGUAAAAAGAAAUUCUGGUGUGCCGACAUUUUGCAAGUAACCAAUGCAGCUGUGUUACUGAUUCAGAGCCACUUAUGGAGGCCCGGCCUUGACUGUCAUGGCUGGUGGCUCAUUUCAUACCUAACUGUUUUAUCAUAAAAAUUCCAAAGCCACUUUUCCAGGAAUUGUAAAACAAAUGCAAAAUGUACGUGCCACCCAGGACAGACUGAUCUUAUUAUGGUACUUUGGUGCAUUAAGUCUUGUUUAAAACGUUCAUUGUGUGUUAAUCGCUUUGCCGUUCGAGAUGCUCACAAAGCCUUUUCAUGAAUGUUGAUUUUUCUAAGUGAUCCAUGCCUUGUUCUUUAUGAGCCUACAGCAAGCUGUUCUAAAGGCCUAAAAUGCCCCCCUUAAAAAUGGGCAAACAAGCCAGCGUCCGAUUUGAUACCCACCUCAGCUCAGGUCGGCCUCUGGGGACCCACUGGAAUCUUCACGUGUCCCCAUGUGUGCUCAUUUCUCCAUCUUUAAAUUUGGAGAUGGUAAUUGUAGCCACUCACAGAGACUGUGCCAACAUUAAGCUGGUGAGACCUUAAAGGAAAGAGAGCAGGGACUGUGCUGCCACCACAGCAGGCAUGCCAGUGUCUCCGGGUACUUGCCAGUCUGCUUCCAUAUGAUUGACCAGAUCACUUCCAGCUUUUCAAAACUGUUUGCUGCCCAUUUUAAAAAUAUUUGCUUUGACCCAAAUUCCGACUUGCGCCUCAUUGUAGAUUUAAUUAACGGCUUAUGUCAAGUUGCACCUUUAAAGGUUUUGCGUUUUCUUUCCCCGAUUAUGUUGCUGUCUUUAUAAAAGUGCCAAGAAGCUAAAAAGUUUUUAUCAACUUAAGUGUUUUGUUUCAGUGUUUUAUAAGAAUGCUUUAAUGCCAUAGAUGUAGAUUUCUUAAGAUAGCCGCCAUUUUGAUCUGCGCUCACAUGGCUGUGGGAGAACUUCCUGUGAAUGCCCUGCCAGUCGUGAACUCAUUUCAGAAAUAACUUAAUUACCUGAAUUAGGUGAGUUGUGACGUAACACUGACCCCUCACCUCACGUUAUUAAUAAAAGGACAAGUGUCUGUGUGUCCGUCUGGUUGCUACGUCUCUGCUAUCCAACAGAUGGCGCAUCACAAACAUUAGCACUGCUUUUAUGAAUCCUGCACCACAUGUUAUGUAAUGGAGACUCGGCAACUGGAUGGACGCACCGCACUUCAGACUUUAAUGCUGACGUCUACGACCCCCCCCCA